AUGAAGCCGCCACAUCAGAGUGGAGUGGAACCGUCCAUCAUGGAUCCCAGUUCGGCAGAGCAUACACAACAUACAGGAGGAACGGCUUCAACGGGGUUAGUUCAGCCUAGUCGACGUUAUAAAGACACGGAACCGGGACAGCGAAGUGUGCUGAAGUCUACCGGUACUCGCACGGAAGUACCCGGAAAGAGUUCUGCUCAAUCAAUUUCUAGCUCACACCAACCAGUUACCGAUUCCCGAGCGUUCGUAGUUCGUGGCGGGUCUAGUUAUCCGACCAGAUCUCGAUCACGUUCCGGUCGCACAAGUGAUAGGUCGAUUGGAACAGCCAUGAAACACUCGUCCGCCGCAGUCGCAACAGAAUAUUCAACUCGUUCAAAGAUAACCGAUACCAUACAAAAAUCCGCUUUCCACAGCAUGCAGGCUACAGUAGGGCAGCCACAAUCAAUGCCAUCACAAUAUUCCUCACAAACAACUGCUUUAGGACCUCAUUCAUACGACCCGUCACCGACUGAAUCCGUGAGCACAACAACUGACAGCCGAGAACAAGAAAGACGUCAAAUUUCCAGUGAGGACUAUCUGCGUGAGUAUUUAAGUGAGGUUGUACAAAUUGCCUAA